AUUGGCGGCGUCGUCGUUCUUGGCUGGAUGGAUUUUAUCAGCCAUGAUAAAAUUAUAUAAAACUUGGAUAUCAUCACUCAGAAUUCGAUCCGCGUGCAUUGUCACGAUCAAGGAUCCCAUUAAUAGGUGACACCUAAUACACCUAACACGUAUUAGUACAUCAAUUAAAAUGGUAAUGACUUAAUUCCUCCAUCCCAAUCGGCACAAUGGACCAUUAUUAUGCAGAACAGAAAUCAUAAAUCCCUACUAUUCCAUGCUUUAUCAGCAUUUUUUUCUAUUUCUGCAUUCACACUGCGUACCAGUAAAAACUGACUACGUAAACAUAACACAAUAUGCACUUGCUUUAUGCGGAAGCCGGUUAAAUCUCUUCCUCUUUGCCUGCCUCGCUAUUCCUCAACUUGUAACAAAACUACAUCUCAAAUGAAAUCCUCUAAUUUUGACGACGUGCAGUUCCAAUAAAUGCUUCAUUUUUUUCCGAGUGAAUUAAUGUACCGCCCACUUUUAGUCAUUACUGACUGAUACUUUUAGUUCCUUCUUCAUUUCUGGCGACGCGUGUCAUUUUGUGGCUUAUCAUCGUCAUACUUUGUGUACUGCAUCUCGCCCUGUAUAAUGUAAAAAAACUGAUGUACUCCUGCAUUCUCAGGUUACGUAAGGCAUCUGGAAAAUGACAAAGGAUAAUUAAGCGUUGUCAUAAAUUCAGUUACUGGAGGAGCACAUCUCGCAAAAGGGUUACUUCUGAUCUGCUAUCUCUAGAAUUUGGUCACAAAUCAGGGAAAAAACUUGGCGUUGUUUUCUAUUAUUUGGCAAAAUGAUUUGUGACCAAUUCAAUAAUUUUAGAAUUGUCCACGCGAUAAUUUUUAUCCAGACGACUAUCUUCAUUUCGGCUGAAUCAAAUCCAUUGAGAGAAUCGGGCACAAAAAAUUGUGGCUAUGUAACUCAAUCUGCUCUUAUUGCCAAAGCAAAAAUUUUGUCUGGAGAAGACGCAGUUCCACACGAAUUCCCGUGGAUGGCUUCAAUUAAUAAUGUCAACCAUGGUGGGAGUCAUUUCUGUGGUGGUUUCAUAGUGAACUCGAGAAAUAUCAUUUCCGCAGCCCAUUGUUUUCUCCGGAAGUACAAUUCCAAUCUGGGCACGUAUUCGGACGAAGGCAUUGCACUUCCAACGUCCAUCUCAGUCACGCUGGGUCAGCAUGACUUAUCACCUUUCGGCGAUGUCAAUACCACGACAAUUGAGAGCAUUUCAAUUCAUCCCGACUUUGAAAAGGGUGGACAUUUAAACAACGACAUUGCCAUUUUAAGAACACGCCAUCCCAUGACGUGGGACGCUCGCCUGCUUCCAAUCUGCCUUCCUGGACAUGACACCAAUUUUGAGAUUGGUCAUCCUGUAACUGUGGCUGGAUGGGGAAACACAAAUUGCCACAAUUCCAAAAUUCGUCCCUCUAAAACACUGAAAAAAGUGUCAAUUCCCGUCUGGAAGGAAUCGGAUUGUUUGCAAGCUUAUCACGACGCGCAGUACGAUUUCACUCGGGAGGAUUACGUCUGUGCCGGGGACAACGAAAAAGACUCGUCAAAAGGUGACAGCGGCUCUCCGCUUAUGGUUUUGCAAAACGAUCAAUGGACCGCAAUAGGAAUUGUAUCUGCGGGACGAUUCAUGUGUGAAGAUAGAGUUCCGGGCGUUUACACAAAAAUUAGCAGCUAUAUGGACUUUAUUAAUUCACAAAUAUAUUUAAAUUAGUUGUAAAAUGAUCUCAUUUAAAAGUUAAUUUCUUACAUUUACAAAAUUGUACAAGUAAAAAUUUAUCAUUUUGUCAAAA